AUGUUGAAGCAUCAGUUAAGGAAUCUGCUGGUCGUGCUCUUCCUGCUGCACGUCAUAACACACGUACGGAUGAUUAAAGGUGAUGUGAAGUACGUCUCGCCAAAGGACCUUAACAAUGAUGUGUCGGGAUUUUUCGGGUUCAAAUGUAACUUCUCAAGUAAAGGGGUUCACAACAUAGAACCCAUUUUGACGGAGAAGAGGUCCCUGAUAUGUAGCAUCUAUUCCUACUUCAUCUAUGACAAAAUAAAAUUAACCAUCCCAAACAAGACCCCCGGAUCUAAAUUUAAAAUGUUACCAGAGAAAUGCUUUGAAACGGUAUACACAAAUUAUGAAAAAAGGACAGAGGAAAAAAUUGAAAAUAUGGGCCUGGUUGAAUACGAAGUAAAAGAAGAUAAUUCCCACGCAGAAUACACAGAGAAAAUUAUCACCAUAUCUCCCUUCAACACAAAGGAUGUAGAAUUUUUCUGCAUUUGUGACAAUUCUGAAAAUGUGAUUUCAAAUGUAAAAGGAAGAGUCGCUUUGGUUCACGUGAACGUAUUAAAGUACCCUCAUAAAAUUACCUCCAUCAAUUUAACAACGGAACCAUAUUCCUACUUGCCUAACCAGAUAAGUAAAAGCUCCUUCACAUCAAAUAAAUUGGACUUAGAACUUCAAGAAGGAGAAUUGGUUGUCUUGGCUUGCGAACAAGUUGAUGAUAAGUGUUUCAAAAAGGAAAAAAGCGAUUCUUCCGAUUCUCUAUAUAAGAGCAACAAAGUUGUGUACCACGAAAAUCUUGCUAUCUUUAAAGCACCCGUGUAUGUAAAAUCUGUGGACGUGAGUACAGAAUGCUCCUGCAAGGUCGGAGACAUCGUUUAUACUGUAUCUUUAAAACCUAUAUAUAUUAAUAAACUCAUUCAUGGUUGUAAUUUUUCCUCCGAUAUUUCUACGCAUACCUUUACAAACAAUAUCGACAUGGCUCAGCUUGGUGAAAGUACACAAAUUACCUGUAACAUAGACCUUGUGGAUACUUCAUAUAAUCAUUUGAUAGGAAUGAAUUGUCCCGGAGAAAUAUUACCAGAGUGUUUCUUUCAAGUAUACCAACGAGACUCCCCUGAAUUAGAGCCUUCCAAAAUGGUCUAUCUAGAUGCUCAACUAAACAUCGGGAAUGUAGAAUAUUAUCAGGAAAAGAAUGGAGAAAAUACCGUUAAGAUUUUUGGCCUCGUCGGAAGUAUCCCCCAAACCACUUCCUUCACUUGCAUUUGCCGAAAGGGAAAUAAAAUUGGCUACAUGUCCGUUAAAGUUGCCGCCGGUUACUUUGGCUUCCUGGCCAAAAUUUUUAUCCUCCUGAUUGUGCUGCUGUUAUUGUACUUCUGA